ACGGGUAUGACUGUUGCAGAGAAAGUACAGAGGGAGCAGGACCAGCCAGUUUAAAGAGUAGAAAGGGUAGGAAUCGGAAUGGAGAGUGUAGGAGAAGCAGAGAAAGAGGACUUUCAGCCCUGGCAGUAGGCGAAAUUGGAAGACGCAGUAGAGGGUGGAGGAAGAGCAGCGAACCAAGAAGGCAGAGCGUGAGGAGUUAUAGCAGGAGUUAAUGCUUGGCAAAACUGGGGGAAGACUGUAGGAGGAGUUGAGGAUAGAGGGAGAAGGUGUGGCCUUUUACCACAUUCUCGCCCACACCCAGCCUGGCUGGAGUGCGAGAGAAGAUGGCCGUGCUUGCUUUAGGAGUGGAAGGGGCGCAAGGAAUGGCUGUGCCAUAACUUUGGAAUGUGUCAUUUGGAGCGAUUGUCGGAGGCUAUCUAUUCGAUAGUCGGUGCGCUGGCUCUGGGCGAAGAAUGCACCAGGCGCGGAGGGUGGUACUGCACUGCCCCCCAAGCGUGCGGUGCUCCGGGUCUUAGUAUUGACUGAGGAGGAGUAUCGUGGACGCAAGGGGCGCCUACAGAGACCGUGCAGUCAUGCCGUGGCUCAGCGGCGGUCGGCGGCGGUGGAGACAGCCGAGGGAAAUUACGAGGAAGCUGCCGCCGCUAGCACUUCCUGUGCACUCAGCACAGCUGCCGACUCAGCCAUCUCUGCCUCGGAUCUCCACAGCCCGGGAGAGCGCCGAGCUGCCGCUGCCCGCCGGCUGGGAGGAGGCGCGCGACUACGACGGCCGCGUCUUCUACAUCGACCACAACACGCGCCAGACGUCGUGGAUCGACCCCCGCGACCGGAUAACAAAGCCACUGACCUUUGCUGAUUGUGUUGGGGAUGAACUUCCUUUAGGAUGGGAAACUGUAUAUGAUAAACAAAUUGGAAUUUAUUACAUGGACCACAUAAAAAAGCUCACGCAGAUCGCGGACCCCCGCGAACAGUGGCGGUGCGAGCAGGAACGGAUGCUGAAGGAGUACUUGAUCGUGGCCCAGGAGGCGCUGAAUGCCAAGAAGGAGAUCUACCAGAUUAAGCAGCAGCGGUUCGAGCUGGCGCAGGAGGAGUACCAGCAGCUGCACAGGCUGUGCGAGGACGACAGCCGCUCCCACGCCUUCUCCUUUUCAGGAUGUUCAACAAAUACUAAAUACAAUCCACUUCAGAUUAAAGCAGAAAUAGCAAGUCAUCGGGAUAGGCUUUCCAGACUGAAACGCGAGCUGACGCAGAUGAAGCAGGAGCUGCAGUCCAAGGAGAAGGGGGUGGAGACCCUGCGAGAGAUUGAUCGUAAGAUGUCAACUGCUCGCACCACUUUCAAACUGGAUGAGGUACAGGCUAUAAUGAGUGAGCUCCGAAAUAUUAAGAAAGCCAUUUGCACUGGUGAGAGGGAGAGGCGAGACUUGAUGCAGAGCCUGGCUAAACUUACUGAUGGUUUCAAGAAUUUCUGCUUUAUUACUGACUCUUUACAAGAUUUUCCUCAUAAUGCUGGUCCACCUUUAGAAUCUUGUUUGCCUCUACAGUUCUGUGAUGCUGCAUCUCAGACUGACAUCAUUGGAGAGUUUGCCAGUGAUGACAAAAUAAAUCUUGUAGACCAAAUCAGACUUAAUUGGCAAUAUGAGGAAGCCAGAAAUAGAGUCUCGAUGAUCCAGCAGCAGCUGGCCCAGCUUGAGAAUGAGUCGUGGCCCGGCCUGGCAGAGGCCGACAGGGACCGGUUGCAGCUCAUCAAAGAGAAGGAAGCCCUACUCCAGGAGCUUCAGCUCAUCAUCCAGCAGAGAGGGCCGGCGGAAGAAGUGGCCCGGCUGGAGGCGGAGAGGAGGUGCCUGGAGGAGGAGACCCAGCGCAGCGGGGCCACGUCGGUGCAGGGCGCCACGGAAAGGAUUCUACUUCAGGAAAAAAAAAAUUGUCUACUUAUGCAGCUAGAAGAGGCUACCCGCUUAACAUCUUAUCUCCAGUCUCAGUUAAAAAGCUUCCACAAGCAGAGGCGCUCCCUGGACACGCCACAGUCCUUGACCUCCCUGUCCUCCCGCUCCUCCCUGUCCUCUCUGUCUCCCCCGAGUUCGCCCUUGGACACGCCCUUCUUCCCGGCCUCACGCGACUCGCCCUUGGCCCAACUGGGGGACAGUUUCGAGGUGCCCGAAUUGGGCACCUUCGACAGACUGCGGGCCCAGGCCUCUGCUUUGGGGGAUGAAGACUUGCAGGGCACGGCCUCCCUUCAGCCGCACGGGUUCCCCACGGAUGGGGAAGGACCUCGCGAGCGAGGACCCCAAGCGACCAUCACUCCCACGGCUGCCACAGUGACUCUUCAAGAAGACAGUGCCAGGAGGCUGGAGAGGAGAGCGCGCCAAGUGUCCGCAUGCCUGUCGGAUUGUUCGCUAGCGAGCGAUAGCGGGGUAUUUGAGCCCCUGAACAAAAGGAAUGGAGAUGUUGACGAGUCUGCGUCCGGAGACGCCUGUGGGAACGAAGGGCCCCAGAUCCACGUGGGACUUUUGCUCGACAGUGCCAGCGGAUGUCUUCUUGUGAACUUGUUCCAACUAAAGAAUUUUGCUAAACUGGUCAUGAAGAAAGAUUGCAAAAUACACAUCCGGGUCUAUGUGCCGCCGGUCGACUCUGGCGCCCCGAGCACCUACUGCUCUAAGGCUCUGGAAUUCCAGGCCCCCCUGGUAUUUAAUGAAAUUUUCAGAAUCCCUGUGCAUUCAAGCAUGUUGACGUUGAAGUCACUGCAGCUGUACGUGUGUGUGCUGACUCAGCAGCUGCAGGAGGAACUGCUGGGCAUUGCUCAGAUCAACCUGGCCGACUACGAGGGGUCCAGCGAAAUGCAGCUGCGCUGGUACGCGGUGCAGGUGUUCAGCAGCUGCGGGCCGCCCGGGGCGAGGGAGAGCGAGCAGCAGGGGGGUGCUGCUGGGGACCUGGCACAAGCCACCGCCAUUGGGAAGAUGGACGCCGUGACAGCACUGCUGGCCAGAACCACAGCCCAGCUGCAGGCUGUGGAGCGCGAGCUGGCGGAGGAGCGGGUCAAGCUGGAGUGCGCGGAGGACGAGAUCCUCGAGAUGGGGCGGAAGGAGGAGCUGACUGAGGCCAUGUCCAAGAGGAGCUGGCACGCCCACUCGGUGGACAGCGGCUGCAACAGCUGUGCCCAGACCAGCCCCCCGCACCCGGAGCCCUGCUGCGUGGGCGGUGACGCCCUCCACGGACAUGCAUUUGCUGGCCAGGCCGACCCUUACAGCCCCGAAAAACUUCAGCCCCCACCUCUGAAGUGUUUUUCCACACCAGACCUUUCAAGUUUUGCUGCUUCAGUUUGUACAGUUGUAGUUACCUUGCCUUUCCAUGCAGGAUCUUGCCGCUGGCUGAGCUUGCUGGCUGUGCUGCACCCUCCAGGGCCAUCUCAGCGUGUAUGCUCACAGCUGCUAUCCCCGCAGUCCUGUAGGUCCUCCCUGGCCGAGCUCAUGGCCCACACCUCCCUGGACCUGGAGCUGGAUCUCCAGGCCUCCAGAACGCGCCAGAGGCAGCUGAACAAGGAGAUCUGCACCCUGAGGGAACUGAGGCAGUGGUUAGAAGAUGCGCAGCUCCGAGGCCAGACUGAUCUCCCAAACUGGGUGCUGUGGGACGAGCUGUUCCAGAAGAGCCUGCUGAAGGAAGCUGAGAGGCAGACAAGACAGGCCAAACUUGACUUCCAUCAAGAACAGGCAGCUGAGAAGAUGCUGAAGAAGGCCUCCAGAGGGGUAUGCCAGCUACAUGGGCAGAACUACCAAGAACCCAUCCAAGUGUAGACCUUCAGGGAGAAGAUAGCAUUUUUUACAAGACCAACAAUAAACAUACCUCUUCCGCCAGUCGAUGAUGUUUGAUGUAGUGUGUUGUACACAUGAAGUGUUCAUCUGUCUGUUUCAUUUUCAUGAAGUUUUUGGACUAGGUGAAUUUGUCUUUAAAAUAUUUAUGCAAA